CGGAGGAAACACAAGAGCGUAGUGAGUUCUGACAAACAAGACACCUCGGAGAAAGACAAGAAAAGUGAAAACAGGCAGGUGAACGACCGGAAAAAGAAAAGGAGCAAAGAUGCUGUGAUUCAAGAUGGUGAUGGAGAGAAUGAACAGAACAAUAACAACCCAACCACAGAUUCCAAAAAAGAGGAAGUCAAAGAGGAAGUGAAAGAGGAGAAGAAGACAAAGAAAAAGAAAUCACAGAGUCCAGGAGGAGAGGAGGUGAUGGGGUCCAAGGACAAGAAGUCUAAAGACGGGAAGAAGAAGAAGAAGUCUCACAAUGACGAUGAGGAGCCUUUGAUUGAGGAACAAGAAGAGGAGGACGAGUCAAAGAAGAAGAAGAAAAAGAAGGCUAAGAAGGGAUCUACUGACAGCGACGAGGAGAAAAAGAAAAAAGGCAAGAAAAAGAACAAACAAUUGGACUACGCUGUGAUCUACCAGAAUGAGCUGCUGAGCUACCACACCGAUUCAUCCGACGGCUAUGAGGAUGAGUACUACAAAAAGAAAGUGUAUGAGGUUGUUGCUGUAACUGGCGAUGUGAAGGGAGCUGGAACUGACGCAAAUGUGUUUGUCACCCUGUUUGGGGAGUUUGGUGUGUCGCCCAAGGUUCACCUGGCGAGCAAAAGUCGGACGGCCUUUGAGAAGAAUAAGACAGAUGUUUUCCGCAUCAAGACACACAAUGUUGGGCCUCUGUAUAAAUUGAGGAUUGAACACGACAACACGGGAAUGAACGCCAGCUGGUUCUUGGACAGAGUGGUGGUGACCGACAUGAACCGCCCACAUCUUCGCUUCUACUUCGCCUGCAGCAACUGGCUGAGUCGGGAGGAAGGAGACAACCUGUAUGUCCGGGAUUUGCUCGGGAGCAUGAACCCCAUGGAUGUCCCAAAAUUGAACAAAUACAUUGUGAGUGUUUUCACUCCGGAUAUGAAAGGAAGUGGAACUGACGCCGACGUCUUCCUGAACAUAUUCGGGGAGAAUGGCGACACAGGGGAAAGACGACUGGAUAGUGACAAGGAUAACUUCGAACGAGGCUCUGAGGACAAGUUCACCAUAGAAGCCCCAAACCUGGGAAGGCUGAAGAAAAUCACCAUCGGCCACAACAACCGAGGAUCGUCAGCCGGGUGGUUUCUGGAUAAGGUCAUUAUUGAUGACAUGGGAAAUAAGGAAAUUUACGAAUUCCCAGUGAAUCGCUGGUUUGCACUGGAUGAAGGAGAUGGCAAGAUUCAAAGAGAUGUCUUGGUUGGUUCAAUGCAGCCGAUGGGGAUUGUGUACAACGUACAAGUGAUGACCGGUGACGUGAGGGGAGCGGGCACCAACUCAAAGAUCCACAUCGUCAUGCACGGCUGCAAAGGUCUGAAAAACAGCGGCAAAGUUUUCCUGGAGGGCGGCGCCUUUGAGCGCGGUCUGAUUGACAUAUUCAAUGUGGAGAUUUGCGAGCUGAUGAGUCCGCUCAGCAGAGUCACUAUCGGCCACGACAACGGCGCCGUGGGUGCUGGCUGGUACUGUGAAAAGGUGGUCAUCUACUGCCCCUUCACAGGCCUUGAGCAGACUUUCCCUUGUGGGAUGUGGCUGGAUGAGGAUGAGGGGGACGGGUUGAUUGAGAGGGAGCUGUACGAGAUGGUGUCACUGCGGCAGAAGAAACAGAAAAAGUACCCUUGGUCACUCUGGAUUUGGACCUCGGACGUAAAGGGUGCUGGAACAGAUGCCCAGGUGUUCUUGCAGAUCUACGGCGAAAGAGGCAAAUCAGAUGAGAUCAAACUGGAAAACAACUCGGACAGUUUUGAACAAGGCCAGCUGGACAAGUUUAUGGUGGAAAUGCCAGACAUUGGACGACUAACAAAAGUACGGAUCUGGCAUGAGAAGAGGCAUCCGUUUGCUGGUUGGCAUUUAGCGAAGGUGACCCUGCUGAAGACUCUGACUUUAGAAAAAUAUUCCUUUGAAUGUGGCCGCUGGCUGGACAUCAACGAAGACGACAACGAGAUUGUACGAGAAAUGCCUGCCACUAGUGCUCUAAUAGAUGAGCCACUGCCACUGAUAAAGUAUCGGGUCACCAUCUGCACCGGGAAUGUCAGCGGCAGCGGCACAGACGCCAGCGUCUUCCUCAACAUCAUUGGCGACCUUGGGGAUACAGGAGAGCGGCUUAUGUUCAUGAGCAAAAACAACGUCAACAAAUUUGAAAAGGGCAAUCAUGAUGAGUUUCUCAUCGAGUCGGUGACUCUGGGUCAGGUGCGACGGGUUCGUGUCGGCCAUGAUGGACGUGGCGGAGGUUGUGGAUGGUUCCUGGACAAGGUUUUGGUCAGGGAGGAGGGCCAGCCGGAGAGUUUGGCGGUGGAAUUUCCCUGUAACAGGUGGUUGGAUCGCAACGAGGAUGACGGGCAGAUUGUCCGAGAGUUAGUCCCAGCCGGAGACGGACUGCGUCUCUUCAACAUCAGCUAUCACAUCACAAUCAAGACGGGCAGCGUGAAUGGUGCCAGCUCUGACUCCAAAGUGUUUGUCAAACUGUACGGGGAGAAGAGCGACACCAGCAAGAUGAUCCUGGCCGUCUCGGACAACGACCUCAGGAACUACUUUGAGACCGGACGCACCGACAUCUUUACCAUUGAAACUGGAGACAUAGGAAAGAUCAACCGCCUCCUCAUCGGACACACCAAUGAAGGUCUGCGUGCUGGUUGGUUUCUGGACAGUGUCCAGAUCUCCGUGCCAGUCCAUGGGGUGGAGUACAUGUUCCCAAGCCAUCGUUGGCUGUGCAAAGAUGAGGCUGAUGGGAAAGUGGAGGUGGAGAUUUACCCCAGUGAAAUACUGGACAUUGAGCAGUUAAUCAACUACGAAGUGACGGUGGUCACCGGGGACGUCCGCGCCGGAGGCACCAACGCCAAUGUCUUCUGCCAGAUUUAUGGAGAGGAGGGGAAAACCGAAGUGCUUUCUCUCAAGAGCCGAUCCAACAACUUUGAAAGAGGCACCACCGAGAUCUUCAAGAUAGAGGCUCAGGAUGUGGGGAAGAUCUACAAGAUGAGGAUCGGCCACGAUGGCAAGGGUAUAGGAGACGGCUGGUUCCUGGAAACGGUGGACUUAAAAAGGCUGAAGAUGGCAAUGGUGCAGGUUGAGGUGAAGAAGGAGGAACCUAAGAAGGACAAGAAGAAGGACAAGAAAAAGAAGAAGAAAGAAGAAGAAGUGGAGCUCAUUGAGGAACUCCAGGAAGUGGUGGAAACUUUUCACUUUCCUUGCAGCCGCUGGUUAGCCAGGGAUGAGGAGGAUGGCGAGAUAGUUGUGGAGCUGCUGACCGAUGACAACGAAGACCUGGACGAGAAUUUCUACGAGGUCCAUGUGUUCACUGGGACGAUGUUUGGCGCCGGGACAGAUGCCAAUGUUUACAUCAACAUCUACGGGGACGUGGGUGACACCGGGGAGCGACGGCUCAGGAAGUCAAACAACUUAAACAAGUUUGAGAAAGGCCAGGAAGACGUUUUCAACAUCACUGCCAUUGAUCUGGGGACGCUGAAGAAGCUGAGAAUCCGCCAUGACAACAGGCAGGCCGGGGCGGGCUGGUUCCUGGACCGAGUGGAGAUUGUAGACAACAAAGAUGACACCACCUAUUUCUUUCCUUGCAAACGCUGGCUGGCCAUUGAUGAGGACGAUGGUCAGCUUGCCAGGGAGCUUGUUCCUGUGGACGAGGCCUUUAUGAAGAAGGGAGAUGAAGAUGAUGAAGAUUCUGAAGCAACCCUGGGUCUGGAACAAAAGGCGAUGUCAACAACAUACACCGUACGGAUCAAAACUGGAGACAAGAAAUACGCCGGCACCGACGCCAACGUCUUCAUGAUCCUCUACGGCAGCAAGGAUGACACUGGGAUUAUCAACCUGAAGGCUUCGAAGACUCACAAGAAUAAGUUUGAGAGGGGAAUGAUUGAUGAGUUUGUCGUGGAGGCCGUCGACAUCGGAGCGCUGAAGAAAGUGCGGAUCGGACAUGACAACCGAGGGGGAGGCUCGGCAGGCUGGUUCCUAGAUUGGGUGGAAAUCGAUGCUCCAUCCAUGGGACAGAAGCUGCGCUUCCCAUGUGGACGCUGGUUAGACAAGGGAGAAGAUGAUGGCGCCAUCGUCCGGGACCUUUUCCCAAAUUCUCUUCAGACCGAACUUUACACUCCAUUUGUUCCGUAUGAGAUCAAAAUCUUCACCAGUGACGUGUUCGGAGCUGGAACUGACGCUGACGUCUUCAUCGUCUUGUACGGUCGUAACGCUGUGUGCACUGAGGAGAAGUGUCUGUGCGUCAACAAGAGGGAGAGGAUCAUGUACUUUGAGAGGGGAGCUGAGGACAUGUUCAUAGUUGAGCUUGAGGAUGUCGGCGACGUCAUUGAAAAGAUCCGUAUUGGUCAUGACAAUCGUGGGGUCAAUCCAGGCUGGCAUCUGGACCGUGUGGAGAUCAGGCGACUGCUCAGGAAGGGAAAGGGAUCCGAGACUGUCAUCUUUCCAUGUGAACGCUGGCUUGCCAAGUCGGAGGACGACAGAGAGACGGUGAGAGAGCUGGUUCCCUCUGACAUCAUCACUGAGAAGCUCUCCAGGGACGGCAGCCUGAAAGUCACCGAGGUUGAAGUCGAGGACGCUCUGGAGACUCACACCUACAAAGUGUCAGUGAUCACCGGUGAUGUGUACGGCGCGGGAACGGACGCAAACGUCUUCCUGACCAUCUACGGAGACCUGGGAGACACCGGAGAGAGAAAACUCAGCAAGUCUGAGACCAACAGCAACAAGUUUGAACGAGGCUCAGUGGACAAGUUCACCAUCGAGGCUGUGGAUCUGGGGCAGGUUUUUAAAAUCAAAAUCCGUCAUGAUAACAGCAUGGUCAGCCCGGACUGGUACCUGGACCAGGUGGAGGUGGUCGAUGUAGACACGGAGGAGGUUUUCCUCUUCCUGUGUGAGAGAUGGUUGUCCAGGAAGAGAGAGGACAGGCGCAUCAAGAGAAUCUUCUACGUCAAGGGCUAUGAAGGGGUCAGAGAGGGUCUCAAUACUAUGAAGAACUCUGCCCUUACUCUGAAGAGUGUCGACAGCAAUAUGAACAAGAAGAGCAAAAAAAAGAAGGAGGAGGAAGUGGAGCUGCCAAUGAUUCCUUACCACAUCACCAUCUGUACUGGACUGGAGCGAGACGCCAGCACCACCAGCAGGGCUUUUGUCAUCAUCACCGGAGCCGGUCACAGACAGACAGAGCGGCUCUGGCUGAACCUGCCUGAUGGUAGGAAGGGCUUCGAGGCCGGGUCGCUGCAGAACUUCGAGAUUCAGGGCUGUGACGUUGGAGAUAUCAAGAAGGUUGAGCUCGGACAUGACGGAGCAACUCCUGAGAGCUGCUGGCUGGUUGAUGAGCUCGCCGUUGCCGUGCCAACCAAUGGGGUCAAAUAUAUCUUUGCAUGCAUGUGCUGGCUGGCCAAAGACAGAGGAGAUGGUUUGACGGCUCGGGUUUUCAAUGUACUUGAUGCGGAGGCCAUCUCCAUCUCUCAGAAGGUCAUCUACGAGGUCACUGUGGUCACCGGGGAUGUGCAGAACGCAGGAACGGACACCUUGAUCUUCAUGUCAGUGUUCGGGGCCAACGGAAGCACCGAGGAGAUGCUGCUGCAGAAGAACGAAGACAGGUUUGAGCGAGGCCAGGAGGACACGUUCAACAUGGAGAUCGAUGACAUCGCCCCGCUGAGGAAGAUGAGGCUUCGUAUUGACGGCACCGGGAGUCGACCUGAUUGGUUCCUCGAUAAGGUGAUCAUGCGAAACCUGGCAACAGAAGCGGUGUCUGUGUUCGAGUAUGAAGAGUGGCUGUCCCGGACACGUGGACCCAAAAGGACCAUGAUCUGUGAGAUGGCCGCAGUGGUGGACGAGGAGCUGAUGGUGGAUCUCACGACGUACAUCAUCCAGGUCAAGACCAGCGAUGUAUCAGGAGCUGGCACUGACGCCAAAGUGUGUGUCAUCAUUUUCGGCGAGAACGGCGACUCGGGGACUCUGCUUCUCAAAGAGUCGCAAAAGUCCAACAAGUUUGAGCGCAAACAAGUGGACACCUUUCGGUUCACCGACAUCCUGAGCCUGGGAGAUCUGUCCAAAGUGCGCGUGUGGCACAACAACAAAGGAGCCGCACCUGGUUGGCACUUGGAGUACAUCGACGUGAAGGACGAGCUGAUGGACAAAACCUUCCGCUUUCCUUGUGACCGCUGGCUGGCCAAGAACGACGACGACGGGCAGAUAAUGAGGGAGCUGGCGUGUGCGAACAACGAGUACCUGGACCUGGAUGAGAAAACCAAGUACGAAAUAUGUGUCACCACCGGAGACUCGGCUGAGACCAAAGAGAACGCCUGGAUCGUCCUGGAGGGGAGGAAAGGCCGAUCAAAAGAAUUUGUGAUGGAGAAUUCAUCAAAGAAAAAGCGCUUCCUGCGGGGAAACGUUGACAGGUUUGAGUUCUCGUCCAAGAACCUGGGCGACAUUGCUGGCAUCUGUCUGGGUCACACGCCAAAGGACGGGAAGAAGGUGAAGGGAGAGGCCCACUGGCAUGUGGCGGAAGUGGUCGUCACUGAGAGAGAGCUGGGCAAUAAGUAUUUCUUCAGCUGCAACGCCCUGAUCCCUCUGUCUCCAAAAAGAGACGACUUCCUCACUUUCGAGUGCAGCAAGAACAUCGAGAGCUUCGCCAGCAAAGCCCGGAGUCUGGUGCCGGUCAAGUACGAGAUCAUCACCAUCACAGGAGACGAGAAAGGAGCGGGGACGGACGCCAAUGUCUUCAUCACCAUCUACGGCACCAACGGGGACUCGGGCCGGCGGCAGCUGCGACAGAAGUUUCGCAAUCUUUUCGAACGGGAGCAGACGGACCGCUUUCUCCUGGAGAUGCUGGACAUGGGUGAGCUGCAGAAGGCUCGAGUGGAGCACGACAACAGCGGCAUCAGUCCCGGCUGGCUCCUGGACCGAGUGGAAGUGACCAACACGGCCAACGGUGUCACCACAAUCUUCCUGUGCGGGAAGUGGCUGGACACCAAGAAGGCCGACGGGCAGAUCGUCAGAGUUCUCCACCCCAAAUAUUAACCCAGAGAAAUAGUCAUCAAAGACCUCUUGUGUAUGAACUUUGAAUUGAACUGGUAUUAUGAACGUGCCAUUCUUUUUACGCCA